CGGGUCGUCAAUUUGUUUCUACUAUCCUACACUAAGGAUGAGGUAAUUAACUGGAUGACCCCCGCUAGCUAACAUGAGCCCCGCUAGUUAACAUGUCACCUGCUGGCUAACACGACCCCUACUAGCUGACAUGAGCCCUGAUAGCUAACAUGUCACCUUCUAGAUAACAUGACCCUUGCGAGCUAACAUGUCACCUAUCACCUGCUAGCUAAAAUGUCACCUGUCCUCUGCAAGCUAACCUAUAACAUGUUAGCUAACAUGUCACCUCCUAAAUAACAUGACCCCCGCUAGAUAAAAUGUCACCUGUCCUCUGCAAGCAAACCUAUAACAUGUUAGCAAACAUGUCACCUCCUAGAUAACAUGACCCCCGCCAGCUAAAAUGUCACCUAUCACCUGCUAGAUAAGAUGUCACCUGUCCCCUGCUAGCUAACCUAUAGCCUGCUAGCUAACAUUUCACCUCCUAGAUAACAUGACCCCCGCCAGCUAAAAUGUCACCGCUAGCUAACAUGGCACCUGCUAGCUAAGAUGUCACCUGUCCUCUGCAAGCUAACCUAUAACCUGUUAGCUAACAUGUCACCUCCUAGAUAACAUGACCCCCGCUAGCUAAAAUGUCACCCCUAGCUAACAUGUCACCUAUCACCUGCUAGAUAAGAUGUCACCUGUCCCCUGCUAGCUAACAUGGGCCCUGUCGGAUAACAUGACACCGCUAGCCAACAUGUCACCUAUCACCAGAAAAUAAUUUCCAGAUGUUUUUUUCCCCAUAACCAUCCAUCCAAUUAGUGACAUAUUCUGACAGCGAUUUACUUGUAGAUGAGGUAUUAGGGAGAUGGAAUGUAGUAUUUCACUUACAGUCAGCAAUAUCCAGGCAUCUGCGAAUGCGCCGAGCUCACGCUGGUUGGCCCUUCAUUUGCCCGAGCUGGCGCUGAUUCAAUCUGUCCCUCGUAACCUCACUUAGAUAAGAGGGGAUUCGGUGCCAGUCUGCUGUUCUGUGCCUCUUGUUCUCACAGGUUAUAAUGAAAGGAGGGGCAUUUUUCCCUGAUAACUCUUAUUGGUAUUUGAUGUGGAUAGAAGAGGAUGCUUUUUAUCCUGGCAGAAACCUCAAAGAAACCUUCAAUAUUAUUCCCGCCUGGAAUGUUGCUUCAGGCAUUUCAUGAGUUCUGUUCUUCCUUUCUUCUCUCUGUUGGUGUGUUUCUCAUUCAGCACGCACAAAGGACUCCUACGGUUCAAACAUUCCAUGAGGCUCUAGUCUACUUUUUUGAAAAUGUUCAAAUCAAAACAAGAUCUCAUCCAUCCGUGCCCCUAAAGAGAUAUAGCUUCAACUUCUGAAGAUGUGGAAACCAUUUUUCAUCGCGACGCUCUGCAUUUCACUGGUGUCAGCCUGGUGCCCGAAGGACUGCCGGUGUCCCCCCGGCACCCCGAGGUGUGCAGCAGGAGUCCGUUUCACGCUGGAUGGCUGCGGAUGCUGCAGAGUUUGCCCGCGGCAGCUCUUUGAAGACUGCAACAAGACACUGCCGUGUGAUCGCACAAAGGGCCUGGAGUGCAACUUCGGAGGUAGAUCCGGCUCCGCUCAGGGCAUCUGUCGAGCCAAGGCAGACGGAAGAACGUGCGAGUACAGCAACGGCAUUCACCAGAACGGGGAAAUCUUCCGUCCAAACUGCAAACACCAGUGCACUUGCAUGGACGGUGCUGUUGGAUGUGUCUCCCUCUGCCCGCAUCAGCUCCGGCUGCCCAAACUGGGCUGUGCCGAGCCCGAGCGGGUCAAGGUACGGGGCCGGUGCUGUGAACAACUCGCAAAGACAAAGUGCUCCGCCAAGACGAAACACAGAAAAACGGCGGGCAGAGACAAACUGUCUGGAGACGACCUCGCCAACAGGAAUGAGUUGGCCCCCGCGGGGAGGGGUGAAUCCAAUAAUUUCAUCGGAGGGGUCAAGUGUGUGUCUCAGACCACGGCUUGGUCCCCCUGCUCCAAAUCCUGCGGCACUGGAGUUUCCACCAGGACGUCCAACAGAAACAGCCAGUGCCAACUGGUGAAAGAGACUCGGAUCUGCGAAGUCCGCCCGUGCAAAAAGAACGACUCCAAAUUGAAGAAAGGUCCGCAAUGUGACCAGCCGGAGGAGGCAAGCCGUCCGGCGAAACUGUCCCACGCAGGCUGCCGUAGCCUGAUCAAGUUCCGGCUGAGGUAUUGUGGGUCCGGCUCAGAUGGCCGAUGCUGUGAGCCUCACCGCACGCAGACGUUGCCCGUCCGCUUCCGAUGCAAGCGCGGGGAGGUCCUCACAAGGAUGGUGAUGGUGAUUCAGUCAUGCAGAUGUCAUCGAAACUGCUCCGGCUACGGACUUUAUAAUGACAACAACAAAGCGGACAUGUAAAGUUUUGAGCAGAAUACGUAAACUCAGUAAAAGUGCACUUUGUGGUUGCAUGAAUUUGCAGGGUGGAUUCCCAGAAUGUGUUGUUCAUUCAUGAUUUUGCUUCGUCACAUUGGAGCCUCUUGGUUUGCUUCAUUUUUAAGCUACGUUGUGAAGAUUCUUAUUUUUCAAUUGUAAGAAAAUGUGUUCUAUACUUUUAUUUUGUAUUGUGUAUUGUUUGCACUGUUAACACCCAGUUUCCCUUUAGGAGACAAUUGACCACAACAACGUGGAAAUUGCAUACAAAAUAUACCGCUAAAUCAGUCAUUACACAUUUGAUGUCAUGUUUCUCUUGAUUUAAUGUAUUAAAUGUUAUUUAUUCAAAUAAAUAACUCUUAUAUUGUUAUAGCCACAUUAUAUUGUACAAUGACAUCCUCUCAAAUCACUCGCCAAUGUAAAAUGAAUACAACUAGAAAUACUUUAAAUUUGACCAAUCAACUGCAGAACUGUAUAUUUUAUGUUUUAAAUAAAUACAAAGACAAUUUUGAUGUCAA